AUGGAGGGCCUGCUGCACUACAUCAACCCGGCGCACGCCAUCUCGCUGCUGAGCGCCCUCAACGAGGAGCGCCUCAAGGGGCAGCUGUGCGACGUGCUGCUCAUCGUGGGCGACCAGAAGUUCCGGGCGCACAAGAACGUGCUGGCCGCCAGCAGCGAGUACUUCCAGAGCCUCUUCACGGACAAGGAGCACGAGGCCCAGAGUGUGUUCCAGCUGGACUUCUGCGAGCCCGACGCCUUCGACAACGUCCUCAACUACAUCUACUCCUCGUCGCUGUUCGUCGAGAAAGGCAGCCUGGCCGCCGUGCAGGAGCUGGGCUACAGCCUGGGCAUCUCCUUCCUGACCAACAUCGUCUCCAGAACCCCCCAGGCCCCCUUCCCCACUUGCCCCAGCCGGAGGAAGGUGUCGGUGGAGGAUGACGACACCACCAACCACAACAGCUCACAGAAGAGGAGUGUCAUCGUGUGUCAGAGCCGGAACGAAGCGCCAGGGAAGGCCGGCGGCCAGAGCCAGCCCGAGCCCAGCCAGGCUCCGCAGCCGGCCCCGGCCAAGGGCAGCACCGGCAAGCCGCAUACCCCGAAGGCGGCCGAGCCGGCGCACAGCCUGUCGGUCACCGAAAAGUCUUGGCCGAAAGAUGGUCCCGGGGGCCCUGCCAAGGCCCUUGAGCAGCCCGGGCCCGUGGCUGAUGCCAGCAGGGCUGGUCUGGCCAAGAGAAAUGCUUCCCUGCCCCUGCCGGACAGAGAGGUGGGCGAGGAGAAGCCGGGUGCCGGCGCCCAGCUCCCGAAGGGGAAAGCUGUAGAACUGGCUCUGAAAAGGCCGCGGCCCCCCGUGCUGUCCCUGCGUAGCUCCUCGGAGACCCCCUACCUGUUGCAAGAAACACCGAAAGGGGGCGGCCAGGGCGAGGACAGAAGCCUGCUGUACUAUUCCAAGCUGGGCUUGGUGAUCCCGUCCGCUGGCGGCGCGGCUCGCCCUGCCGCCCAGAGCAUCGACAGGAGCGGCCCGCUGGUCAAGAGCCUGCUGCGGCGCUCGCUGUCCAUGGACAGCCAGGUGCCCGUCUACCCGCCCUCCCUAGAGCUGCAGGCGGCCCCGGGGGCCCCCGUGCUGGCCGGCGAGACCCCGGGCAGCGUGUUCUGUGCCCUCUCCCACAAGCCCGUUUUGAAAGAUGGCAGUGGCGGCGGCGGUGAGAAGCCAGCCACCCCGGACGAGCGGCGGCCCACGCUGCAGCCACACCGCCUCAGGUCCUUCAGCGCCUCGCAGUCCACCGACAGGGAGGGCGCCUCCCCCGUGAGCGAGGUGCGCAUCAAGACGGAGCCCAGCAGCCCGAUGUCGGAGCCCUUGGACAUCAUCCGUGUCACCGUGGGCGACGCCACCGCCUCGUCCUCCUCUUCCUCGGCCACGAGGGACUUGCCCGUCAAAGCGGAGGAUGACCCCAAGGACAUGAGCAGACUCCCCGCCAAGCGGAGGUUCCAGGCGGACCACAGGCUGCCCUUCAAGAAGCCCAAGGCCAACGAGCACGGGUCCCCCGUGUUGGACGACCCCUGCGAGGCGGGCUCGAGCCCCCCUCUCCUCCAGCACGCCCAUUUCCCAGACUCUGAUUUGAAUCAAGACGAAUUUGGUGAGUUGGAGGGGACGAGACCAAACAGAAAGUUUAAGUGCAAACAUUGCCUUAAGAUCUUUAGGUCCAUGGCGGGCCUGCACCGCCACGCUAACAUGUACCAUAACCCCGAGAAGCCAUACGCUUGUGACAUUUGUCACAAGAGGUUUCACACCAACUUCAAAGUCUGGACGCACUGUCAGACCCAGCACGGCAUAGUGAAGAACCCGUCUCCGGCCGCUAGUGCGCAGGCUGUUCUGGACGAGAAAUUCCAGAGAAAGCUCAUUGACAUAGUGAGGGAGAGAGAGAUUAAGAAGGCCCUGCUGGUGAAGCUGCGGCGCACGAAGCCCGGCUUCCAGGGCCAGGGGAGCGCACAGGCCCCGCAGGCCGGCAAGAGGAGCCUGCGCGCGCGGGGCAAAGCCGCCUACAUUUGUACGCACUGUGGAAAAGCCUGUCGCUUUCUCUCUCAAUAUAAGCAGCACAUAAAAAUGCACCCGGGCGAAAAGGCCCUCGGCGGCGGCGGUGGCGUCGCUCGAGUCCUUAAGCCGAAGGAGCAGGCUCCCGUGGCGGGCCCCGUGGGGAGCCGGGGGCUUUUCCACUGCCGCCUCUGUAAUGCUAAGCUGUCUUCUCUCGUAGAGCAAGGAAGCCACGAGCGCUUAUGCCGGAACGCAAGCGUUUGCACUUACUGCAGCCUCAGGUUCUGCUCGGCCGAGCUCAAGCAGGAGCACGAAGGCAGGUGUGAGUACAGGAAGCUCACCUGCCUCGAGUGCAUGCGCACCUUCAAGUCCUCCUUCAGCAUCUGGCGGCACCAGGUGGAGGUACACAACCAGAACAGCAUGGCGCCCGCCGCCGGCUGCCCCGUGCUGGACCACAACGGGGACGUCGGCGGGGCCUGCAGGCCGCAGGCGCAGCCCGAGCCCGACAGAGACGGCCCCGCCGCCCAAGACGCCAGCGCCUGCAGCGAUACCUCGGAGCAGGUGCACCUGGACUCGGAGGACUCCUGCCUCCCCGAGGAUCUCAGCCUGUCGAGGCAGCAGCUCAAGGUCCAGGUGAAGGAGGAGCCCGCAGACGAGGCCGAGGACGAGACGGCUGCCGCCAGCCCAGCCCCCAAGGCCGCGGGCCCCGGCAAGGCCGCAGGCCUGUGGCCCUGUGAGAAGUGCGGCAAGGUGUUCACGGCGCACAAGCAGCUGGAGCGGCACCAGGAGCUGCUGUGCUCCGUGAAACCUUUCAUCUGCCACGUGUGCCACAAGGCCUUCCGCACCAACUUCCGCCUCUGGAGCCAUUUCCAGUCCCACAUGUCGCAGGCCACGGAGGAGCCGGCCGCCCACAAGGAGGCCAGCGCAGGGCCCGCACCCACCAACUCGCCCUCGCCCCCGCCCCUGCCCCCGGCGCUGCCCAAGAUCCAGCCGCUGGAGCCCGACAGCCCCACUGGCAGCCUGCCCGAGACCGCUGCCCCGGCCGCGGAGAAACUGUUUGCACCCCAAGAGUCGGACACCCUCUUCUACCACGCCCCGCCCCUCUCGGCCAUCACCUUCAAAAGGCAGUUCAUGUGCAAGCUCUGCCACCGGACAUUCAAGACGGCCUUCAGUCUCUGGAGCCACGAGCAGACACACACCUGAGGGCCCGGACUGUGAAAUGGGUCUUCUCCAGAGAAAACACAGAGUCACAGAGGUUGGCAGCGCUGUGCCUGAACUGCUGCGAGAUCCGUCGGAAUCCAUUAGCCAUGUCCUCGCUCAACUUGAGAAGUGGACUUCUGACCGUUGUGGUUCCAGAUCGCAAACGAGACAGUCCGAUCUUGUUGUUGUCAAAAUGGAGUUUACAUGGUUUCUCAUUCCACGGGGUCAGUGUAGUCAUGUAAUUGAGGUUUCUGGGGCUUGUUGGGGGGGAGAGAUUUUGUGGGUUUCAUUUUUCCUGGUUUGUGAUUGGUGAAAUGCUGUCCAAAUUACUUGUUUGCAAAUUGCAGACCCCGAAGUCCUGCGAAGCCUUGGCGUGUUCCCUGAGCCCCAGCUCGAAGCGGGCAGUGUGCUGACACAUUCACAUCUUACAACACUUUAGCAAUAAAAAGACAAUUUAAAAGAAAGAAAACCUCAACUUUAGUAAGUUAUCCUGACACUUGAUAUAAAAAAAAAUAGAGAAAUAUUUAGUAUUUUGUGGUCAUGUACAUCUUUUGUAUGAAAAAUCGUAAAUCUAAAUCAGCAAUAGUAACACCUGGAUUUUUUUAUAAAAUGAUGAAAUUUUCUCUUGGUCACCUAACAAAACUAGGAGUACGGUCAGAGCCGCAGGAGACAUAGGAAACCAGUCCCCAGCACUCCUGGGCAAGGAGCCUGCUCGGCCACACGUGGCGCCUCAAGCCCCGGGUGCGUGGGGUGCAAGGGGUGCGUGCCCCGCCACCGGGCCAAGGGCGGAGCCGGCCUCUGACUGGACACUGCCCCAAGCAGUGAGGGCUGGUUCCGUGGAGGGCAGGCCCUUAGCCCGGGCAGAUCCUUCCCCAGGGCCAGCGGCUCUGACACUGUCACUCAGCACGCACAGGGGACACAGUCCCCUUCCCGCUGUGUAACCCAGCCGAGCAGUCGAUGGCGUGUGCCACAGCUGAAAUGGCCACUGCCAGACGGUGCCACUGCUUUCACUGCUUAAUAAAUACCCUUGUGAACUUUGCUACUUUUGGUCUGUAAGUGUCGGGGCUUUUUCUUCUUCCUGUGCUGCCUGGUUGUCACAGAAAGCCAUGCAGGUGUCACCCAAGACCAGCGUGGCACUGAGCACAGGAAGCCAUCCGGCAAGGGAGCGAUAGAACACUUGAGCUUGUUCUAGUCCUUCCUCGGUGAGGAAUAGCAAGGCUGCCCCCUUGAGCCUGCGUUAGCCGACACCGACCCUCGUCACCAACAUUCCGCACGGCCGCGGCCCCCACGGGCUUCUCUCUGGACUGCUCGCUGACUUUGUACAUUACAGAAAUCGGUAAAAGAAAUUUUGCCUUUUAUCCUCUCACUUGAAAAAAAAAUUCUCAAACUAUUUUUAGUAAGUUGCCGUUUUGUUGUUAAACUUGGAUGGAAAAAGGAAAGUGAGAGUGAGGUGGCCGCUGCUGCUGGCUGCCGUCUCCUCGGGUGUGGCUCAGCAGGUCUCUGCAUUUUACGGAGAACCCUGAGGCCUGCGCCCGAGCAUCCCCCGUGAGCUGGGGCCUUGCUCACCUCCGAGCAUGCCCCGUGA